AUGGCCUCCUUCUUCACGGCCGCUCUGAAGAGUUUCCAGGGGAGCAAGGACGAGUCCCCCAAGGGGGCCCCCAAAGAUGACAAGGCGGCUGUGCUGCCCAGCAGCAUGGCCCGCGAGGAGUUUGAGGAGUACCAGCGGCAGCUGCUGGAGGAGAAGAUCGAGCGGGACAAGGCAUUUGCACAGAGGAAGGCAGAACGGGCCACGGUGCGGAUGCACCUGCGGGACAAGUACCACCUGGCCCAGGACGAGCGGGACGACGCCCAGGUGCACGUGGCCGGAGGGGCUGUGGAACUGCCGCAGGACCUGGCAGCCAUGGUGCACAGCGAGGAGGAGGACGAUGGCAGCACCGGGGCCUUCGCCUUCCUGGCGAAGCUGCGGCAGGUGGAGCUGCCGGCGCUGCGGGACCGCGCUGUGGGCGGCGUGGAUCAGGUUAGGGAGAAGUGCGCCCUGAUGUAG